AUGCAAAAGUCGGGUGGGUCAUCCCUCGGUCGAACGCUUCAGUGGCGCCAAGCUGAAGCUCAGAAUCGAACUGCCGGCAGGCCGGGGUUGGUUGUUUGUGCUGGAAUGCCAUCCCGUGAGAGCCAGGGUGGCGAAAUUCUCGGUUGCUGCCUUUCAGUCAAUAAAAAGCGCAGCAAUUCUCAAACAUUGGAGAGGCUGAGUUAUCGUGGCACAGCCACAAUGCUCGACCGAGGCGCUUCCCACCCUCUUUAG